AAUUAUUGACAUUCUUUUUUAUUUUUAUCAAAUUCACUCGCAGUCGUAAUUUUUUAUCGCUAGUCUUUAAAUAACUUUCGGUAUAUUAAUUUCAUGAAAAAAGGGGCAUCUGAAGAAUUGAUUAGCGUAAUGAUUUAUUGUGUAUAGUCCAUGUUACACGUAGAGAAGUGUAAAAUAUUUUAUUUGUGAUAUAAAUAAAAAGUGUUAAUUCUCUAUAAUAUUAAAAUAUAUAAAAUAUGUAUAUGUGACAUAUAUAUAAGAUUCACACAGAGAAAUUAUAGAUCAAUAAUGAAUUGUUCAAUUUUGUACUUAAAAUAGAAAAUCUAUAUAUAUGAUAAAAAAGACAAUAUUUAUAUAAUUAUAUAUCUAUAUAUAUAUAAUUAGAUUACAUUUGCAGAUAAUUCAUUAAAUGUUUUUCUACGAUGAAAGAGAAAUUACUGAAAUGUUUAUCAGCUAGGCUCGGAAGUUAUCUUUAUGUUAUCGGCUCUCUUGCUGAGGCGUUUCCUGAGGAAUAUGCGCCGAGAAUAACAGAGCCGUAGACAUUCUGACCGGAUUGCCGAGAAUCAAACGAGUUGAAGAUAUGUGCCCGCGGCAGUAGUUCAAUGUCUACGACACUGCUAUUCUCAGCACUCGCUAGCAGGCAUUUAGGUAGGGGAGCUUGUUAUUGGACAUGAUAAAUUCUGAGCUUUUCUUAUCAGUAUCUUUCGGUAAACCAAAUAGAAGAAUCUAAAUAUUAGUACGCUCAAUAGUCCGUACAAUAAUACGCGUACGAGUGAUAAGAGACGUAGAAAAUUGAUAUGAAGCAACAAUAAAUAAUAUCGAACAGACGAAAUGCCAGACAAACAUUAACGGAUUUGUCUAUCAAUUGGUAUUAUAUCAAUGCGUACAUUGAGAGAAAAAUUUAGUGAGGUAGACCAAACGUUUAAUUAAAUAGUGAUCAAAUAAAUUUUAUAGUUAUAAUUACUAAACAUAUAAUUGUUUUGACCGAAUAAUCUUAAUGAAAUAAUUGUUAUAUACAACUUCUAAUCAAAUAAUUCGUUAAAUACAAAUGUUUGGUAGCAGUAACUGCAAAAUUCAUUUGAUCAUUAUUUAUCUAAACGUUUGGUUAACAUUUCUCUCAGUACACUGCCGAGUACGUGAGCGUAUAAAAGGAUCUGCGAGCAGAGGGGCAGGAGGAAGAGAUGGUGCGAGACUUCCACGGCAGGGAUGUGAAACGUGCUGACACCAGACAUGUACGCCAGGCCUCAGACAGGACUGGCUACUGACAUAUAUGGUGGACCGUGGAACGUCUCGAACGUUCCAUAGACAGCCGUGUAACUGCGCCAUUUAAACCUAUCUCGACGAGCGUAAUCGCAAUGGAACGUCGCUAGUCCAUGUCACAUCUUAACGAUCCAAUUGUUCAAUUUCAAAACACUAAUUAACUUAUUAUUACAUGUAAACUGUCUUGAUGCUUUUAAAAGUUCAUGAAGUUCAAAAGAUACGCUUUCAAAAGUUCAAAACUUCUGGUUGGUAUAUCUCGGUGAACAAAAAUUGCACAUUAGUAAACAAAAAUUGAUUUCGAAGAGAAAGGGUAACAUUAUAAGAGGCCAUUGAUUAAAAUAUUGAAAAUAAUUUGCUUUCUCUGUAACAUUUUUAUGAAUGUAACUAAAAUCGGCAAUUUUGGAUCAAUUUAUUCAAUUUAUCUCAAAAAUCUCAAGUGAUGGGCAAUUUCUGCGGCCAGAUUCGUGUUCAACGUCGAAAAUUGUGUAAAAAAACUCACUUAUAAUUCUCAAACAAUUUUUAACAUCCUUAAUUUCGUAGAAUGGAUAGCGUAAAUGGCGCAAAUUCCAAAAAGAUCAGUUUCGAUUAAUAAGUAUAAUACAUCAAAUAGAAAAAAGGUAAAUGCGAGAGAUCGACUUGCCUCGCAAAUUAUAGUGUGAAAAUGUGUAACGACACGUGUACUGAUAUAAUGACAUGUUACAAGAUCUGGUUGAUAAUUGGAAAGUAAAUACAUAAUCAUCAUGUAAAUUGUGUGUACAUCAUUAUAAAAUUGUUUAAUGCAUGACCCUUUUCCAUAACACGAGAUAGAUAGGUAUUUCUCAUGUUUUUUAAGCAGUAAAAUAACAAAAAUAACUUUUGAAAAAAAAAAUCUUUUUAUAUUUUUAUUUUAGUCGAUUCCAAAAUUUUGACAAAAAAAAAGUGUUUUCAUCGUUUUGCGUUGAUAAGACCUACUUUUAAACAAUUCGAUCAUAAUUUCGUACAGCAAAUUUCUUGAUUUUUAUUAUAUUAAUAUGCGAAAUUAGAUCGAAAUAUCUCGUUAAUCUUUAAUUUCUUUCUAGACUUAUGAAAAUGUUUCAUAGUAUCUCGAAUUUACGAAAAAAAAAUAUAUGUGUAACAUUCCGAUCGUAAUAUUUUGAUAUAUAUAUUUGUCAUGACGCAAUUAAUAUAAACACAGAUGUUCUUUCACAAAGUGAUAAAGAAUAAAAAAAAAUCUGUCUCAAUGAAUUAUAAUUGAAGCUUGCAAAUGCACACCGAUAAAUCAGGGACUUCGAAACAUGGAAAGUUUAUUAGUGGAUGGACAAUCGAUUAUAUAUUUGUUACAUGAAAUUGAUUAUUUCUAUAAUAAACAUUAUGAAAAUGUUAUCUUGUUGUAUUAAUUGAAAAUCUGGUAGAUUGAACCAGCAUGUCUGUUCAAACGAACAAGAAAUCUUGUAGAAAAAAAUCUACCCGAAUGUUUUAAUUACAAAUUCUCAAGUUCUGUUGCAAUAAAAGAAAUUCUGUUCGGUUUCACCGAAACGCAUUUAAUUGUAUACGUCUCAUUGAUGUAAGCAAAUCAUUUUUCUCAGUAUAUAUGAUAUUUAACAAUUAAUUACGAAAAAACUACAUUCUUUUUUGAGGCGCUAAUAUGAUAAAAAAGAACUCGGUUCAAAAUCCUUUUCGCAUUUUAGAAUAUAUAAAAAGGGUUAAAGCAUUGUCCAGCAUCUGUCCGAAACCAGUAUAGACGGACCGAUAAAAUCGCCAAUUCAUUAAAUAGAUUCGAAAAGAGAUUAAGUAUUUUAUUGAACAUAGAAAAUGUAAAAGAAUGAAGAAAGGAAAAGAAGAAUAAAGUCAUCUAAAGAGAGAGUAGGGAUUACGAACUACGGCGAGAAUUCCUCUGAAAGUCGAGAGCUAGAAAUGAGGCGGUCCAUGAGAACGCGUUACAACCUAUUCAUCUCAACGCACUUGUAUAAUUUACAAGUGUUGUCCUUCAAAGAGGCCCGUUGUUCACUAUAGAACCGCGACAGACGUUCUAAUUGUCGACAAGCACAUCACACAGUUAGGAAAAAAAGAAGAGAAAACGGAAGAAAACUUAACAAAUGUCAAAGAAAAAUAAAACUGAAAGAAAUUUUUGGGGCGUCGGUUUAAUCAGUGAGAUGCUCAAAUCUGAUGCAACCUCGUCAUAGCUUAACCGCUAGGACGAGAGGAGCCUCGUGCUUCUCGCGCUCAUACCCGCUCGAGGCUUAAUAAAUUCGCGGCGCAGCGGAGCUGCGCCGCGAAGCCGCGUGCCCCACGAAAAACGCAUUCCCCCUAAAAGAGGGGGAGAAGGCGUGGUUUAAGUUCGAAGCGGUGUGUAUAAGAGACAAACCUCACGAACCGAUUAGCAAAGUUCCAAAACACACGUAACAGCAGACUUUUCCAUGCGAACCGUAGAAGCGUAGCGACUGAACGAUCAAAGAAAUCGAUACGACAACAAAACGACAGAAUUCUGAAGACACCGAGACAUCGGACAGGGGGAAAAAAAACAACGAAAAGAAAAAAAACUAGAGUGGACAAAUUUCGAGAUUUUGAACCUGAUCUCGAGAGAUCAUCAGAAAUUCCCAUUGUCCAAGCGCAGAGAAAGACACGCACGCUCAUCGGACACGUGGCAGGCGCGACAGGUGUAAAAAGGGGAAUUCCCCUCGCAAUCGUUCGAGAGGGAGGGACGGAGCAGGAGUUUUCUCACGUGGUGGUCCAUUUCCCGGUAGUUUUACAAACGAAUUCGGUAUACACGGGAGCAACAGGAGCGAGCUGAUAACUAUAUAACUAUACAUUCGCGACACGGAGCCGGCGUAGAGAGUGGUGCGGUGGAGGUGGUGAAUCACGGAGGCGGGUAGCGAGUCCGCGAGGACGGUGUCUCAUUUAGCUCUCGAGCGUUCCCCACGUCACGUCUCGAGGGUGCGUAACGCCACGGCCGUAACGUCCGCAUAGCCGGCUCUCGCCCAAGACGACGAGCGUUGACAACACAGGCGCACGUACGCACGCACGAACGCACGCACGCAACCAACCAAUCAACCAACCAACCAACCAACCAACCAACCACCAUACACCCACGGUCGACCGACCACCUACACACGUACGCACGCACGCACGCACGAACAUACGCGGAGUGCCGGCCGCACAGAACGCGAUACAAUAUCGACGAACACGAUCGAUCGAAGGAAGGCGCGCGGGGAGAAAGCGCAUCUCAUCAAUCGAUCGCAACUGCCGUCGCGGCAAAGGUAGACGACGACGACAACGACAACGACGACAACGUGUUCUGCUUGCUCGCUGUCACAACAGAGCCACGUGUGAUCAGCCGCGUACGCGUGCACGCACGCACGCACGCACGCACGCACGUAAUACACAUUUACGCGCGCACCUGCGCAAUCGCCCACGCACGCGUUCGCCGGCCGAUCGAGGCACACUGCAGGCGCCAGCUGCGCGCACCAACGAGAGAAGAGGAACAGCGCGACCUAGCCGACGGCCACCGACGCGGCGUCUGCAUCGGCGUCGCCCACGAGGGGCCAGCCAACCAGCCAGCCCGGAUACAGGCACAGCCGGAAAUAAUUCUAUAUUCGGCGAGAAAUAAGCGGCCGAUCAAUCGAGGCCGAGCCCCCACAACGACCACGACGACGACGACGGUGCUCCGAGCUCCGACGACUUCGGCGUCGACUACUACGACACCCAGAACAGCUAGCUGGUCGUACGAGACACACGGGCCACACGAGAGACACGAGAAAGUGUGAAAAAGGCCGUUUUGCCGCCAGCACCACACAGCCGCGCUCAUCAAUCUCUCCCCCCUUCCCCCCUACUGACGACAGGAUGCCCGGCUUCCAAAGGAGGCAGAUGAUGCAGCCAUGGCCCCUAUGCCUGCCGCCCUUCGCGAAAUCAAAGGAGCGCGGUGUUCUUCCCAAAUACCCAAGGGUGUCUCCAGUCAUCAGACCUUCGCCGUCCAGUUCUGGGUCAAACCUAGACUGUUCGUCGAACACGACCCUUGUGACGAACACCAGUCCCUUCAACAGCCAGACCGCUCUUAUCACAGAGAAGAAACACUUCUCUGGGAACACCAACAAGGGAUCCAAUCAUUAUUAUGCCGAGAACUUGAGGAACAAUCAUCAGAGGGCCUUAACCAGGUCGCGGAUCUACGAUCCGCUCAACAAAAAUCAAGACGUCGAUUACAAACAGCUAGAUCCACUUCUAUCAAGCGAGCAAAGUUCGAGCAUCAACAUUCUCAUGGAUCCCCAAGACGUGAAACUGCCGAAGGACUUGCAGGAGCCCAUCCGACUGCCGUCCUCGGAGUUCCAGAGGGAACCCAAGUCGUCCUGGAUACGAUAUGCCGCCCAGAUAUUGGCUGCAUUAUCGGUGUCGCUGGGUUCGAUGCAGGUCGGAUAUUCGUCUUCCUAUACAUCGCCAGCGCUGGUGUCCAUGCGCGAUAACGCCACGGCGACCUUUGAAGUUACCAAACACAUGAGCAUGUGGAUCGGGUCACUUAUGCCAUUGAGUGCACUUGUCGGUGGCAUUGCUGGAGGGCCGCUCAUCGAAUAUAUAGGAAGGAAAAAGACGAUACUUGUCACAGCGUUCCCAUUUAUCGGAGCGUGGCUUUUAAUCACGAUGGCUCAAAAUAUCCCGAUGAUACUGGCUGGGCGCGCGUUAUGUGGUUUCGCCGUAGGAGUUGCUUCCUUAGCGUUACCUGUGUACUUAGGCGAAACGAUACAGGCAGAAGUGCGCGGUACUCUUGGCUUAAUGCCCACCGUCUUUGGUAAUACCGGAAUAUUACUAUGCUUCGUAGCGGGCAUGUAUCUGGAUUGGAGAAACUUAGCGCUGAUAGGAGCAAUCUUACCGCUACCAUUCUUAAUUUUGAUGUUCAUAAUUCCGGAAACGCCAAGAUGGUACAUUUCUAAGGGAAAAUCAAAAAUGUCCCGGAAAUCUCUUCAAUGGCUGCGUGGUAAAGAUGCAGAUAUAACAGACGAAUUGACUAUGAUCGAGAAAUUGCAUCAGGAGUAUCUCGACAGCGAGCAAAACGCUUCUCAAAAUAUGUUCUCGGAGUUAACAAAGAGUAAAAACCUCAGACCCCUUCUCAUUUCUCUGGGACUAAUGUUAUUCCAACAAAUGUCCGGCAUCAACGCAGUGAUAUUCUACACUGUGCAGAUCUUCCAGGACGCCGGUAGCACAAUCGACGAGAACCUCUCGACCAUAAUCAUCGGCGUAGUGAAUUUCAUAUCCACCUUCGUCGCCGCGUCCGUGAUCGACAAGCUAGGCAGGAAGAUGUUGUUGUACAUAAGCGCCGUGUUGAUGGCCGUGACCCUUUUCUCCCUCGGCGGAUUCUUCUACGUGAAAUCCCAAGAUGUGGACGUGACGGCCUUCGGCUGGUUGCCGCUGGUCAGUCUGAUCGUGUACGUAAUAGGCUUCUCCUUGGGUUUCGGGCCAAUUCCCUGGCUGAUGAUGGGUGAGAUCCUGCCCGCCAAUAUCCGCGGCUCUGCCGCGAGCAUCGCGACCAGCUUUAACUGGUUGUGCACCUUCAUCGUGACAAAGACUUUCGAGGACGUUAUAGGAGUGAUCGGCACGCACGGUACCUUCUGGAUGUUCGGCAUCAUCGUCGUAAUGGGCUUCGUCUUCGUGAUCAUCAGCGUACCGGAGACUCGCGGCAGGUCGCUCGAGGAGAUCGAAAAGAAGUUUACAGGUCCGGUUAGAAGGAUGAGCGCGGUCGCCAAUAUGAAACCGACGCCGAUGUCGUGCUAGCUGUUAAACUUCCGAUCGCGGCUCGCAACGACAAAGAAAUACUCGUUUGAGUAAGAAAUAGAACGCAUAACAGCGUCCUUCUAAGAGAAAGAUUCCCUUACAGGUAUGCUUUCUCUUAAAGAGAAGCCAGGUCCGCGAAGAUUAUACUUCUCUCUUCUAUGUAAAGAGGAAGCGUAUCUGUUCUUCUCUCUUGACGUUCUUGAUCUUUCCCGAGAUCUUCAGCUUGCUUUCGCAAGGUCUACUUGUUAAUAACGUAGUUUGAGCGAAAGCGACUUGGAGAUAACCGAUAAAAAACGGAAAUCGAAUUAUAGAUCUGAAUAGUAUGUAGAAACACACGGACAAAAGCGGUUCUCACAAGAUCCACAUCUCUUUAAGCGAAUUAGGUGGCAUUCCAUCAUUUCAUUGGCACAAAAAAAUCAAUCUUGAAAGUUGCCUAAAAUAAUUCCUCGACUGUACUUCUAAACUGCUAAUCUCAAGAUAAUCUCAACAACAAAAAAAUGCAUUCUCUUCGUUCAUUCGCUUUUUCAUUUAGCCUCGUAAAACGUAACUUCGACAGAUUUUGCUUUGACUUUACUGAUGUCCAAUGCGAGGAUCAGAGUUAGGGCCAACCUUAUCGAGAAUUCAAAUUGCGAGGUCAAUUAAUUAGCUUCGUAGGAUAUAAACGUGUUACGCUUUCCCAGCAGGGAAAUGGCGCGAAUGUGACUAUCAGCUGUUGACUAGGUGUGUAGUUGUUUUUAUUAUUCCUGACAGUCCUACAUGGCCUACCUCAAGUUGAUACUGCUCUAUUAGAAUAUAGCAGAUAAUAUUGUCGUUAGAGAUGUACGCGCAAGUUAACGUUAGUCGCGCGCGCGCGUUCCUUUUUUUUAUAACGCAAUUUACGUGUGACUGUGGUGCCGCAUAGUUCUGUGCGAUACGAUUAAUCACCAUGUCCACCUUCAAUUUGAAAAGCGUAAUAUCUAUGUACUUAUGUAUAUAUUUGACGACCAAGAGGCCGAUCUUUCGAACAGGGGCGACAAUUUUCCAUGUGACAAUAAAUCUUAAGAUCUAUCAUGUUCUCAUCAUAUUAAUUAUAAAUUGUAAAUAAUCAAAGAUUUGCACCGUAGUGAUAUUAGAUGUAUCCACGGUCGGAAAUCAUUGUUGUUAACUUCAAUCGUGAAUAAUUAUUUUUCUAUCGCUUCUUUCUUCUUUUAAAAUAAAAUUUUUGAAAGAGAGAGAAAGAAACAAUUGGACUGCGAUUAAACUACGAUUGUAGUCAAAUAGCAUCGAAGAAAUUGAUCAAAAGGGGAACGAUAUGAUUCCUCCGGCAGUCCAUGUGAUCGUUCAAGUAAUCUUCGUAUUAAACAAAUGAUGCUUGGUAUCGACUGUAUUAAUGUGGAAUGUGAUUUUAAAUGUAUACAUACAAGUCAGACGAUAAUUUAAAGGUCAUUCUACAAUGGCAGUAGUAGUAGUGAAUUAAGGAGUAAGCAUUAGAAGUAGGCUACAGAAUUAAGGUGUUCUUAUGUUUGAGUGUCUAUAACGGCGUGUAAUAAAAGUUAUAAUGAAUCAAUCGCGCUAGCUUUCAUAUUAUUAUUGACCUCUCAUUGGCUGAGAAAAAGAGUAGAUCGUAAGAAAUGAAUUUCACCCAUUUCGCUUACUCCGACGUUACUCCUUAAUCUACCAUAAUAUUAUUACCACCAUUGUAGAUGGAUCGUAAGUGUUAUGAUGUGCAGAUAUAUAUUUUUAUUCUCUGAACCGAGAGAUUAGAAAAUGUGAGAGCGUAGUCGUAAAGCCAAGAUAAAGUUUUUUUUAGGGGAUUACGUAAGAAUAGCGAUAAAAGAAAGCCUCAGACAAAUGUAAAAUAAUCGUCGUAUCGCUUAUGUUCGAAAGUUGGGGUAAAACUGCGUCGGGCACCUGACGAGUGUUGUUCCCGGUCAUUUAGUAGAGAGCAAUUCGCUGACAAAUUGUUGUGUGAAAGAUAUUAUAGAAAAACUAUUUGUACAUCUUACUUAAAUUAUUGAUAUAUAUUUAUAUAUAUAUUUUUUAUAUAUCAGCAAUUUAUCGCUUAAGAUUAUAUAGAGAAUUAUACAUUGUACAUUAAAAUUUAUAUUGUACAUAGUUUUCAUAGUAAAAAAGGCCUCAAAAAUUAAAAUAAAAAUUGAUUUUAAGAAAUUUAUUUUUAGAAAUCUAUUUAGAGGAUAUUUGAAAGAAUGUAAAGCAUUUAAAAGAUAUCGGCAUUGUAUUUUACGAUGUUUAAACGUUUGCAUUACCCACAUGAAAUGAACCAUUUAAAUGAGUUGUAUUCAACGUAAAUAUGUAAAUUGCAGUUUUGUUAUUUAUUCCGAGUCACUGCGUGUGACCGGGUGCAAUCGUAGUGUGUUCGGCACAGUGCAGACUAAAUACAUAUCAUAAUUGAUAACUGACAAAUAAGUUAGAACUCGUGAGUAUCCGUUUUUGUAAGUUUGUCAGAGAGUGUGCCUGUAGUUGCGUGUCUGAAUCGAAGGAUUCCAUUAGCAGUGAAUCUCAUUUUUGUAUAGGUAAGAAGUAUAAGAACGGCAGAACGGCGGAACAUUUUUCGUAGUUUUUUCUCGCUCGUCAAACAAUAUCAUGGUAAACAUUUGUAGUGCUUGAAGUCUCGUUUUAACAGUAAAAGUAUCGAACAAAAUCCAUAAUAAAAUCUCAUUUUUAAAUUAUGAAAACUAACUGAUACCAAACUAACAAAAGAUUCAUUCCUUUGCGAUUGCGCAAAAUAUUCAAUGUACGACUCACUCCAAUAUCAUAUAAAGCAAUAAGUGCACACAAUAUCUUGGUUUAUAUAAAAAUUGACUAUAUUACUCUUCUUCAUUAUACUCUCUCCUUCGUAGUACAAUGACCAAUUACAGCAUUUCUUUGCUUCUCAUAUUUACUAUUUAUAUUUGUUGCUAUUAAUAUCUGCCGCUUAUUCAUAAGCUAUUUGCCAAAGCACAAUGAAGAUGGCGGAAUAUUUUUGAUAAUUUAAUACUCAUGUUAAGUUUACGAGUAAUCUGUAAGUUAUGUGUAUAAUUUUAAGAUUAUAUAUAAAUCUAUAUAUAAAAUGAUAAAUUUAUGUAAAACUGU